AUGUCCGAUGUUCAACUCGAUUCCGCUCUUUUCUUCAAGAGGGCCGAGAGGAUCUUCCAGGCGUGGGAGAAUCCCUCUGGUGAUACAGCUGAAUUGGAAGGAUUGACCGCUUUACAGGUGGUCUUAGGGGAACCCAAUGACGAUACCCCUGCAUACAACAAGACCAUGUCUUUACAGCUGUACCUUCUGGGGUUCGAAUUCCCUUCCACUCUCAUGCUGUUCACAAAAUCACCUCGAAAAGUCACUUUUGUCUGUAGUGCAUCCAAAGCUAAACUACUCAAGCAGCUUCAGUCAUCCAAUGGGAUAGAAGUGGAUAUACAGGUCAGAUCCAAAGAUGAAGUUGCAGCCAAACAGGUGGUAAAAGACCUGGUAUUGUCGUUGGGAGAUGGGAAGAUUGGAAGUCUGCCCAAAGACAAGCCUGCGGGUAAAUUGGUGGAUGAUUGGAACGCAGCGGUCGCUACCUCGAAGGGUGGAUUGGAAGUAGUAGACAUAUCGAUACCCGUCUCAGCAAUCCUUAACGAGAAGGAUGGAGAAGAGUUGAAAAACCUCAUUACCGGUUCAAAGAUGACCGCUACUACCAUGCAACAUUACUUCAAGUCGAAGAUGGAAUCAAUCAUUGAUCGAGGUACGAAAGUACCGCAUGAAGUGUUCGCAGGCUUGGUGGAGGAGAAAAUUGGCAAUGAUGAGAAAGGUCCAGAUAUGAAGUUGUGGAAUAAAAAUUCCUCUCUAGGCGAUGUCGACUUUUCGUCUACUGAAUGGGUUUAUUCACCUAUCAUUCAAUCUGGGGGCAAAUACGAUCUUAGAGUCACCGCCAUGUCAGAUAAUAGUCCCUUAAAACCUGGCGUCAUCUUGGCGAGUUUGGGUAUCAGAUAUAAGAGUUAUUGUACUAGCAUGAGUAGGACGUUUUUCAUCAGUCCCAACAAGAAACAAGAAUCGUAUUAUUCAGCCCUCUUAGAAGCAAGAUCGGAAGCUUUGAAGAAGCUGAAGGCUGGAGCGGUAGUUCAGGAUGUCUACAAUGAGGUCCAACAAUUUGUCGAGUCGAAGAGUCCUACGCUAGGACAAAAUCUUUCGAAAAGUAUUGGAUUUGCCACUGGUAUCGAGUACCGAGACAGCUCCUUUGUGCUCAAUGCUAAGAAUAGCAGGACGUUGAAGGAGAACAUGGUGUUAAUCCUUUCGCUGGGUGUACAAGAGUUACCGGAUCCAAAGAAGCCAGGAAGAACCUACUCUCUUCUUCUCGCCGACACCGUAAAGGUCGGUCAGAGUGGAGCGGUCGUUUUGACAGAAGGUGUCACUAAGCUGAAUGACGUAGUCAUGGAUCUCGAGGAUGAGGAAGAAGAAGAGUCUGAACCCGAGAUCAAGGCAAAACCUAGUAAGAAGACGAACGGUGAUGCCAAACCCAAAUCACCUGUCAAGACUAGGACCGGUGCUGGCGGUGCUCGUGCCGCCCCAGCGAAGACUCGAGGUGCCAAUAGGGAUAAUGUCGAGCAGACCACUUCAGAGAAGAUCAAGGCAAACCAAGCUCGACUGCAUGCUCAGCGAAAUGCCGAUGGUGUAAAGAAGUGGGAGAAAGGCGGGAAAGGCAAAGACGGUUCUCAAGAUAAGGUCGUGAAGAGGUAUGAGAGUUAUAGAAGGGAGGAACAGCUUCCCAGAGCAGUGGAAGAUCGUCGAGUAUACGUGGAUGAGCAGAGACAAUCAGUUGUACUGCCCAUCAAUGGAUUCGCCGUUCCUUUCCAUAUCUCUACCAUCAAGAAUGUAACGAAGAACGAGGAAGCGGAACAUAUCGUACUGAGAAUCAACUUCCAAUCUCCUGGUCAAAUAGCAGGAAAAAAGGAAGAUAUGCCCUUUGAAGAUCCCGAUGCCAAUUUCAUUCGAUCGGUCUCGUUCCGAUCACAAGAUCAAAGACAUAUGCUCAAAGUCUUCGACACCAUCACUGCGCUGAAGAAGACAGCGACGAAAAGAGAAGCUGAAAGAAAGGAACUUGCGGAUGUCAUAGAACAGGAGAAAUUGGUUGAAGUGAAAGGCAGACAUCCAUAUGUCCUCAAAAACGUGUUCCCUCGUCCAGCACCGGAAGGGAAAAAGACGGAUGGAAAUGUCGAAAUCCAUCAGAAUGGUAUCAGGUUUAGACCUGAUGGGCCUGCUUCUAAGAUCGACCUGCUUUUCAGUAACAUCAAACACCUUUUCUUCCAACCCAGUGAAAAGGAACUCAUUGUUAUCAUCCAUGUACAUCUGAAAGCUCCUAUCAUGCUCGGCAAGAAGAAGACGUAUGAUGUACAAUUCUAUCGAGAAGUGACAGACAUGUCGUUCGACGAGACUGGCGGUAAAAAGCGAAGGGCAAGGUAUGGUGAUGAAGAUGAGAUUGAGCAGGAACAGGAAGAUCGAAAGAGACGUGCCGAGUUGGAUAAACAGUUCCAUGAUUUCGCAAGGAGGAUCGAAUCUGCUGCUCAAGCUCAACAGUACGAGUUGGAAGUAGAUGUACCGUUUAGAGAAUUAGGUUUCUCAGGUGUCCCUUAUCGAUCCAACGUUCUUUUACUCCCCACGACAAAUUGUUUGAUCCAUAUUUCGGAAUUCCCAUUCACGGUCAUCACCCUCUCCGACGUUGAAAUCGUUCAUCUGGAAAGAGUUCAAUUUGGUUUGAAGAAUUUUGAUAUGGUCUUCGUUCUGAAUGACUUCAAGAAAGCUCCGAUACAUAUCAACUCCAUACCUGUUGUUCAUCUAGAUAACGUCAAGGAAUGGUUAGAUUCAUGCGAUGUACCUAUAUCGGAAGGACCGGUCAACCUCUCUUGGCCUGCCAUCAUGAAAACAGUCAAUGACGAUCCGCUUGCCUUCUAUAAUGAGGGGGGUUGGGAAUUCCUUACUGGUGGUGGAUCUGACGCUGAAUCAUCCGAAUCGGAAGAAGGAUCUGAAUUUGAGGAAGAUUCAGAUGCGUUUGAUGAUGAAUCUAGCUCAGAUGAUGAGAGUGGAUCAGACUUCGGUGAUGAUUCAGAUGAUUCUGGUUCGGAUGAAGAUCUAAGUGAUGAAGGUGAGGAUUGGGAUGAAUUAGAAAGGAAGGCUGAAAGAGCCGAUAAGAAGCACCGUGAGAAAGGAGGUGAUGAUUCGGAUGAUGAUAGAGGUAAAAAGAAGAAAGGUGGUAGACGAUAA